CGAGCUCAACAUUUUUCGGACAACAAAGUGUAAGAGACUGAUUAAACAAAAUCGAGACUUUAUAGUACUCAGGUUUGUCGGAAUCGACUGAGUAUCGAAAUUAUUGUGGUGUUUUGUGAACAGAAACCAAGGAUUAAAGAUGGUUCAAUCUGUGUUAAUUUCGCGUAACAAGGGUUUGGCGGAGCAAGAUCUAACUAAGCUUGAUGUAACAAAGUUACAUCCUCUGUUUCCUGAAGUCAUUUCUCGCCAAGCAACCAUAAAUAUCGGAACCAUUGGUCAUGUCGCUCACGGUAAAUCGACUAUAGUGAAAGCUAUCUCUGGUGUUCAGACUGUGCGUUUUAAGAAUGAAUUAGAGCGUAACAUUACCAUUAAGCUUGGUUAUGCAAAUGCAAAGAUUUACAAGUGUGAGGAUGACAAGUGCCCUAGACCAAUGUGCUACAAGUCAUAUGGGAGUGGAAAAGAAGACAACCCAACUUGUGAUGUCCCCGGAUUUGAGAAUUGCAAGAUGACACUACGGAGACAUGUCUCAUGUGUCGAUUGUCCGGGACAUGAUAUUCUUAUGGCGACAAUGCUCAAUGGAGCAGCAAUCGUGGAUGGUGCUUUACUUCUAAUUGCUGCUAACGAGAGUUGUCCACAACCACAAACCGCUGAACAUCUUGCUUCUGUUGAUAUGAUGCGCCUUAAGCAUAUCAUAAUCCUUCAGAACAAGAUUGAUCUCAUUAAUGAGAAAGCCGCCACUGAACAGCACGAGGCUAUUCAGAAAUUUAUAACGAACACGAAUGCUGAGGAUGCACCUAUAGUUCCUGUCUCAGCACAACUGAAAUACAACAUUGAUGUUGUGAGUGAAUACAUUGUCAAGAAGAUUCCAAUCCCUGUGAGAGACUUUGUGUCACCACCAAAGAUGAUUGUGAUUCGUUCUUUCGAUGUCAAUAAACCUGGCUCGGCGGGUCAUGAAAUGAAAGGUGGUGUUGCUGGUGGAAGUAUCCUCCAGUGAACCAACUGAUUGAAAUUAGACCUGGUAUCACUGGCAAAGAUGAGCAUGGAAACUCAAAAUGCACUCCAAUUUACUCGCGUAUAACUUCACUAUACGCGGAACAGAACGAGCUUCAGUUUGCUGUACCGGGAGGUCUAAUCGGAGUUGGAACAACCAUGGACCCUACGCUUACGCGUGCUGAUAGGUUGGUUGGUCAAGUCCUUGGUGAAAUGGGUACUCUCCCUGACGUCUUUGUUGAGCUUGAAGUAAGUUACCAGCUUCUGACUCGUCUCAUUGGAGUGAGGACAAAGGAAAAAGAGAAGCAAAUGAAAGUGUCAAAGCUAACCAAAGAAGAGAUAUUGAUGGUGAACAUCGGGUCUAUGUCUACGGGAGCUAAGGUUAUUGGAGUCAAGAAAGAUAUGGUGAAACUCCAACUGACGUCUCCGGUGUGUACCACCAUAGGAGAGAAGGUUGCUUUAAGCCGACGUGUCGAUAGGCAUUGGCGUCUAAUUGGUAAGGGUCAGAUUAUGGCUGGAACCACCAUCGAUGUUCCUCCUCCUCCUUUCUAAUGAAGUAGUGAUGAGUUUUUUAUAUUGUUUGCAUUCAAAAAUAAUUAACAUGUGCCUUUGUAUGUUUAAUCACUUUCUUUCGACUACAAUAUAAAACUAUAUUCAUAUUUAACACAACAUUGACGAAAAUUUAAAAAACAAAUUCAU